AUGCCCUCCAGAAACGAGGGCAUUCUCGACAGCCAAGAUUGGGACGAAGUCAAACCAACCUGGUGCGACAAGUCCAGAUGGCUGACCGAAGACGGCGACUGGAAGCCGGCCACCCUUCUACGGAGCAGACGGCCCUCGCGUCUGAACCUCGCCCGCCUCGGGUCCUUCUUCUGGCCCAUCAAAGACACCAAACAACCGGAGGCUCUGCGGCCAACGGCCUACCUCGACGGCCUCCGAGGGUUCGCCGCGUUCCUGGUCUACUGGCACCACAAUCAGCUCUGGGCCCACGAGCCGCACGUGCAGAACCGCAUCUUUGAGAACGCCUUUGGCUACGAGGACAAGCACCACCUCGCCGCCUUUCCCGGGAUACGGCACCUCUUCACCGGCGGUCAUUUCGCCGUGUCUGUGUUCUUCGUCAUAUCCGGCUACGUGCUGUCCGCCAAACCGCUGGGCCUGAUUCAAUCGGGGGACCAUGCCAAACUGGCAGAGAACAUCGGCUCGGCCUUGUUCAGGCGCUGGCUCAGACUAUACCUUCCCUUGAUGGCGACCACCUUCGUCUUCAUGACCUUUCUCCAUCUCUUCGACAUGUGGGUCGACAACAUCGACCGCUCGUCGACCUGGCGAGAAGACGUAUGGCUCUGGUACUGCGAGCUGAAGAACUUCAGCUUCGUCUUCACCACCGGCGGCAGUCCUUUCUUCAGCUGGAACCCUCAUCUUUGGUCGAUCCCCGUGGAGAUGAAAGGGUCGGUCAUCAUCUACACGGCGCUCCUCUCGUUCUCGCGAUGCACUAGAAACGCCAGGCUCUGGUGCGAGGCCGGGCUGGCAUUCUACUUCAUGUACGUUGCCGACGGAUGGUACGGCGCCAUGUUCGUCAUGGGCAUGAUUCUCUGCGACCUAGACCUGCUGGCGAAGAAGAAUGAUCUGCCGAACAUCUUCAAGAAGCUGGAACCGGCCAAGACCUUCUUCUUCUACCACCUCUUCGUCUUUUCCAUGUACCUGGGCGGCGUCCCAUCGUACACGGGCGACGUCUCGAAGAUGCGCGAAAACCGCGGAUGGUACUACUUGUCCCUGCUCAAGCCGCAGGCCGUCUUCGACUACAAGUGGUUCUACCUCUUCUGGGCCGCCGUCCUGCUCGUCGCCUCGGUUCCUCGCAUCUGGUGGCUGAAGAGGUUCUUCGAGACGCGCUUUUGCCAGUAUCUCGGGCGGAUCUCGUUCGCCCUCUAUCUGGUCCACGGGCCCGUCCUGGGGACGCUGGGUGACCGCCUCUACACGGCCGCGGGGUAUUACAAGGACUCGGAGAAGGAACACCUCGCCCACCUGGUCGACAAGUUCGUGUUGCCAAAGAUCGGCCCUCUCGGGCUGGAGCCGGCCUUCCUGCUCCCGCAUCUCAUUAUCUUGCCCACGACUCUCUGGCUGGCCGAGGUUGUGACGAGGUUCAUUGACGAGCCUAGCGUUAGGGUAGCGCAAUGGCUCUACAGGAAGACGCUUAACGCUCCGGCUGUGGCGGUAAAAGGCUAA